CAGAGAGUUAACGGGGAAAUCUGUCACAGUGACUAUUUUGGUCUACCUUACACCACGGCGACUCAUCGAUUUAAACAUGUACACAAGGAAACUUUCUUCAGCUGUCUGCUUGCAGCAGGCUUUUGUCCGACGACUCUCAACUGCUCGACAAGUUUAUCCAGAGAAUUCCACUCGACAUUAUGUGUCCCCUGUUUGUAGAAGUUACAUACAACAUAUAACUAAACGGAACUUGACAUUCUCAGGAGCACAGUGUGCUGGUAGUUUCCUCUACCGCCAGGAUCUUCUUCAUGCCAAACGUGUUGUGGUUAAACUAGGAAGUGCAGUGAUUACAAGAGAUGAUGAGUGUGGCAUUGCUCUCGGUCGUCUUGCCUCUAUUGUUGAACAGGUUUCGGAGUUACAGAACCAAGGUAAAGAAGUCUUAAUGGUAACAAGUGGUGCCGUUGCAUAUGGUAAACAAAAGUUACAGCAAGAAAUUCUCAUGUCAAUGAGUAUGCGACAGACCAUGACACUUGCCAAUUAUGAAUCAAAGAGCAAAUCCUUAAUUGAACCCCGGGCCUGUGCUGCAACUGGUCAGAGUGGUUUAAUGUCUCUUUAUGAACAGAUGUUUAUUCAAUAUGGUGUAAGGACUGCUCAGGUGUUAGUGACCAAACCUGACUUCAGCAAUGAAGAAAGCCGUAAGAAUUUGCAUAGUACCCUAUCAGAGUUGAUUCGAUUAAACAUCAUCCCAAUAUUAAAUGCAAAUGAUGCUGUUGCCCCACCACCAGAGCAAGAUAAAGACCUCUCUGGGGUAUAUAUGAAUGCAGCAGAGCAGGUUAUUAGUCUGAAAGACAAUGACAGUUUGGCUGCCCGUUUAGCUGUGGAAAUGAACUCUGAUAUUCUUAUAUUAAUGUCAGAUGUCAAUGGAUUAUACACCAGUCCACCAGGGACUGAAGGUUCUCGUCUUGUCCACACAUUUUCUCCUACAACUGACAAUACUUCUGUGGUAUUUGAAGGAAAAUCCAGAGUUGGUCUUGGUGGCAUGGAAUCAAAGGUGAAGGCCGCUACAUGGGCUGUGCAGAAUGGUGUGUCUGUAGUGAUCUGUAAUGGUACAGAAGAAAAAGCUUUGUUAAACAUUAUCAAAGGCAAACAAGUUGGAACAUUUUUCACAACAGCUCAGGUGACUGGAACACCUGUAGAACUGCAAGCCAUGCAAGCACGUGAAGGCAGUCGUUUAUUGCAAACAAUCACACCAAAAGAAAGAGCUGAUAUCAUUUACAGACUUGCCAAUUCCUUGAUAGACCGCAAAGAUGAAAUUCUCCAGGCCAAUAGAAAAGACGUUCUUGAAGCAGAGAUGACUGGAUUGGCUGCUCCCAUGAUAGCCCGGCUGAAACUCACUAAAGAGAAGCUGAAUGUUUUAGCUGGAGGUCUUCGACAGAUCGCUGCCACUUCUGAAGAUAUUGUCGGUCGUGUCAUUCGACACUCAAAGAUUGCUGAUGGACUUGACUUGAAGCAAAUCACAGUACCUGUUGGAGUGUUGCUUGUAAUCUUUGAAUCCCGCCCUGAUGCUUUGCCGCAGGUUGCAGCUCUUGCCAUUGCCAGUGCCAAUGGAUUGUUGUUAAAAGGUGGCAAAGAAGCUUCAAAUAGUAACAAACUUUUACAAGAAUUGGUGCAAGAUGCACUGGAACCUUACGUACCAAAGGAGACAGUGUCGCUUGUGAGUCGACGAGAAGACAUUGAAGACUUGAUGACACUUGAUGAAUAUAUUGAUCUUGUUAUUCCAAGAGGAUCUAAUGAACUUGUAUCCAAGAUUCAAGAUAUGAGCAAAGGAAUCCCUGUUCUGGGCCACAGUGAAGGCGUAUGUCAUGUGUAUAUUGAUAAAGAUGCUGACCCCGAUAAAGUUAUUGAUAUUGUGAAAGACUCUAAAUGUGAUUAUCCUGCAGCUUGUAACGCUAUGGAAACACUUCUUAUACACCGGCAACUCUUCAGAUCUGAUGUAUUUGAUAAAAUAUUUGAAAUGUUUAAGUUGGAAAAUGUAAAAGUUCAUGCUGGUCCUCGUUUAACAAGCCUGCUGAAGUUUGGCCCUUCUCCAGCAGUUCGAAUGAAUAUGGAAUACAGUUGUUUAGAGUGUGCUGUUGAAAUUGUAGACGAUGUCGAUGACGCUAUUUCUCACAUUCACAAAUAUGGUAGCGCUCACACAGAGACUAUCCUCACAGAGAAUGCUGCUGUGGCUGAAAGAUUUUUAAAAACAGUGGACAGUGCAUGUGUUUUCCAUAAUAUUAGCACACGUUUUUCUGAUGGAUACAGGUUUGGAUUAGGGGCUGAGGUUGGAAUCAGUACAAGUCGUAUCCAUGCAAGGGGCCCUGUUGGAGUUGAAGGGUUACUGACCACAAAAUGGGUCCUAAGGGGAGAAGGUCAAACAGUCUCUGACUUUUCCACUGGGAAACUAUCUUAUACCCAUGAAAGCAUUCCAGUCAAGGAAUAGUUAACAUUGGACUCUAGUGAGUCACAUGCGUCUGGUGGAGUUUCCUGGGAACAAGUUUACAUGAAAGACAAACACCAACAACAUCAAACAUAGAAGUGAUGAUAACAAUAACAGCUUUAAGAACAACAAACAACAAUGACAACAACAAGCCUCAUAAUAAUGAAAAGUUUGAGAACAGCAACGCUUAUGAACAACUAUAAAUACAAGAACAACAACAGAAGCUGUCACAGUGUUAACAACAGCCAUAGCCAAGAACAACUAAACCAACAACCACAAACCAAAUUUUUAUAAAAAAAACCUCACGAAAACAGUUUUAAUAAAGACAGCUGUAACGCUAAGAAGAAGAACAACAACAGUUACAACAAUAAUUAAUUGAAUAUUGUUAUGGUAACACCUUUAGUUUUAAUCUACAUUAAUGUCUGCAGCUAAAAUAAAAUAUGAUUUUUUUUUUCCUCCUGAUUAAAUGAGAAGUGCGUAAUUCCAAAUAAAGGUGGAAUGGAUAAUUCCAGAUAAAUGAGGAAUGGAAAAUUCCGGAGUUACAAUAUUGACUGGUUCUAUACAUCAAGUACAGCUUUAAGCAAACUCUCUAGUCAUACAUGACGAUAUAUUUUACAACUUCCAUCCAACAGCUGUUUUCUGUGUCGACUUUGAAAAAGCAAAAAUUUACUUUGAAAUUCUUUAAAAACAACAAAAUUAUGUAAUUAAAAACAAUUAUUUUUUGGA